AUGACGCCGGCUCUCGCCCCGGGCCUCGAGCUCUGGGCGGGAGGCCAGGAACAGCAAGCCGGGGCCGGCGAGGAGCUAUGUUCGGGGAAACAGCGGGAGGACCGCAACGGGACACAGUGUCCUCUGGAUGAAAGGAAACAUUCAGCUUCCAAGCGAAUUGUUCUUGGACUCAGGGUGCGGUGUGGGGAGGAACCUUUGGAACAUAAAAGAAACUCUCCCCUCAGAGGAGAACCGGAUAAGGUCAGCACCGGGAACGUCUUCCUUCCUUCCACACCUGCUUCUCCGCUCAUCUUCAAGAUGUCCUUGUUGGCCGGCGAGCUGAUUCUGCUGGUGGGACUGGUCUGCUCUGAGAAAGGAAGCUGGGCGCCCUCCUCCCUUCCAAAAGGGUCCCUCUGUGGGCAGAGCGCGGCCGGACGCCGGGAGCAGAGCGGGCUCAGCCUCCUUAGUCGAAUCGUCGGCGGAAGCCAGGUGGAGCGAGGCACUCACCCGUGGCAGGUGUCCCUGAAGCGGGGGCAGAUGCAUUUCUGUGGCGGGACGAUCAUCUCCGCCCAGUGGGUGGUCACUGCUGCCCACUGUGUCAUGGACAGGUAUCUGCGGACUUACCUGAAUGUAACUGCCGGAGAGUACGACCUGUCCCUCGCCGAACCGGGGGAGCAGACGCUGGCCGUGAACUCCAUCGUCAAGCACCCAAAAUUCAAUCCCAAGACGCCCAUGAACUAUGACAUCGCUUUGCUCAAGCUGGACGGGAACCUCAGGUUUGGGCCGGUGGUUUGGCCAGUCUGCCUUCCAGAACCGGGAGAGACGUUCGCUCCGGGAACAUUGUGCACGACCACUGGGUGGGGCCGCCUGUCAGAGAACGGAGUCCUCCCUCACCGGCUGCACCAGGUCAACCUGCCCAUUCUGCACCAGCGAGACUGCGGGGCAGCCCUGCUGACGCUCAAGAAGCCCGUGAGCAGAGACACCGUGCUCUGCGCCGGCUUCCCCGAUGGAGGGAAGGACGCCUGCCAGGGGGACUCGGGAGGCUCCCUGCUGUGCAAGAGCAGACCAGGCGCCUGGACCCUGGCCGGGGUCACGUCGUGGGGAAUGGGGUGCGCUCGCCCCUGGAGGAAUAAUUUGAGGAAGAGCUCGAGCCUGAGGGGCUCCCCUGGGCUGUUCACGGACACGAGCAAGGUGCUUUCCUGGAUUCAUCAAAGCAUCAGUUCCGCACCCUGCAGCGGGAGAGACGGCCUGCUCUCCGGACCCCAGGGGGACCUGCGUUUCCCAGAGCCGCCCCGACCCUCCUACCAGGACAACCAGUUGUGUGUCUGGACUGUGCGAGUCCCCUCCGGGAAGCACAUCCUGCUCAGCUUUUCCCACAUGGACACAGAGUUUGAGGAGUUCUGCCGCCAUGAUUCCCUGUCCGUGCUGGCACCAGGAGACAGAUUUGUCGGGAAAUUCUGUGGCACAGUUCCCCCGCGGCCCAUUCUGAUCGGCUCCAGUUCUGUCAGGCUGAAGUUUGUCUCUGAUUCCACGGAUUCGGGAACUGGAUUUUCUCUCACCUACAAAGCUGUGGAACCAAGCCAUUUCCUCGGUUCUGGAUGUGGACCUCUCACCGUCCUUCUUGAGGAAGGAACCCUCCGAAGCGAGCGCUCGCCUGGGGCCUCGAAACGCUCGGCUGACUGCCGCUGGAUUAUCCACGCCCCGGAAGACCACGUCGUGAAGCUUGAAUUUCAGAGCUUGGAGGUAGAAGAAAGUGAAAGCUGCUCCCUGGGCUCUCUGGCAGUGUAUGACGAUACAGUGGGAGAAGAGGAAAUAGCUAGGUUGUGUGGUUUCGUCGUACCGGCGCCCGUGAUCAGCUCUUCCAGCGUGAUGUUGGUCAUCCUCACGUACGGUGGGAAUCAGGGCUUCGGCCGCUUCCGGGCCACAGUCUCUUUCAUCCGCAACACCUGGAAAGAUCUCAUCGCGUUGGGGUCGGAGGAUGAGGAGAGGCUCCCUGAAGCACUGAGCGAGGUGGAGAAUGAAACACAGGUGCCAGCGGAUGGCUGCGGGGCUGCGGCCCACCCUCCCGGGAUUGUCUUCAGCAGGAUCGUGGGAGGGGAAGAGGCGGCGCCCGGCUCCUGGCCCUGGCAGGUCAGCCUGCAGAUCGCCACCGAGCCCGUGUGCGGCGGCAGCAUCAUCGGGAAGAGCUGGGUGCUCACCGCCGCUCACUGCCUUCAGGACAGGGAACAUCCUGCUGGUUCAUGGGUCGUGAUUGCUGGAAUCCAUGACCUGAGUCAGCGAGGCCACCGUCAGAAACGUGCCGUCAAGCGCAUUUUCCUUCAUCCAGCAUUUGACAGGACCACCAUGGAUUACGAUAUUGGGCUCUUACAGCUAGCUGAGCCCCUUCGGUUCAAUCGCUAUGUCCGUCCAGUGUGUCUCCCCAAGCAAAACCAGGAGAUACACACUUCUAGUGUGUGCGUAGUCACGGGAUGGGGGAGUCACCACCCAGGGGGAGAGAAGACCAGCCAACUGCAGCAGCUGCAGGUGCCCAUCCUCGCCCGCGGCACCUGCCGGGAAUAUUACCGCAACCUUUCGGUGGAGCUUUCUCAGCACAUGCUGUGUGCCGGAUCCCCUGGCCGGGAAGGCAAGGAUUCCUGCACAGGGGACUCCGGGGGUCCUCUCGGGUGCCUCCUCGAUGACUCGGGGCUCUACGCCAUCUUCGGGAUAACCAGCUGGGGCUUUGGCUGUGGAAACUCUUGCUCUCCGGGAGUGUACACCAACGUCGCCCUGUUCACCGACUGGAUCCGUCAGCACCUCCACCCUCCACACACUCCCCAGAAGGGACCGAGUGACCGUGGUGGCCCUGGGUCUCCCAAAUCCAGGAAGGAGGAGGAAGAGGAGGAGGAGGAGAAGGCUGUGACUCGCCUGCCGCUGAAAGGAAUUGACCAGAUAGAACCCCACCGUGUACUGGGGGGCAGUCCCAGCUAAAGUCAGAGGAGUCGUGGAGUUUUAAUCCAUCUCCAAGACAGCUGUCUUUCCUUCCGGGACAGAAACCUUCACUUUUUCCCAGUGACCAACUGGAACAGUUCUUCAGGAUCUCAGCAGUAUCAGACAUCAUUCAUUCUGUGGCAUAAUUCCUUCAAAUUUGGCUCCUGAGCUGUCCAGAAAUUGAACCGAAGAGAGCCCCGGCAUACCUGAGAGUGAACAUCUUAAUUUGGCUAAGAAAAAAACUCGUCGAGUUUCUAGAAUUAAAAAGAAAAAUCAUGCAUUUGGGCUUGAAAACUGCAUUUUUUUUUGCAUUUCCUGGGGCAGAUUGAAAUAGAUUCAGAUUGUUCAUGAUGUUUUUAGAUGUGCUGACGGUAGUAAAGUGGAAAGCUUGG